UUGUUAAAAGUAAAAUAACUGGUAUUCAACAUAAAAAAUUGCAGUAAAGAUUACAUAAAAAAUCAUGUCUUUAGCUGAUGAAUUACUAGCAGACUUGGAGGAAAUUGGUGAAGAUACAAAUAAUGACAUUAUUGACAAUGACACCAUUGAAGAAGCAAUGGAGACAAAUGAUACUUUGGAUAUGAAAUCAGUGAAACACAUUGCAAAACUAAGAGAUGGGAAACAGCUUGUUGAUGUACUUGAAAGAAUUAAGGAGUAUUCACAGAAACCAAGAGGCCAAAUGUUUGGUCCUAUUGAAACUGAUCCUGAAUACCAACUUAUCGUAGAAGCAAAUAAUCUCACAGUGGAAAUUGAUAAUGAAAUUGGUGUUAUACAUAAAUACACCAGAGACCAAUAUGCAAAACGAUUUCCUGAGCUUGAAUCUCUUGUUCCCAGUGCACUAGAUUAUAUUAAAACUGUACAAUUACUGGAUAACGAGCUAGAGGUUGCAAAUGUGGACCUUACUGAAAUUUUACCUCCUGCAACAAAGAUGGUUGUUAGUGUAACAGCAUCAACAACCCAAGGUGAACAUUUAGAACAUGAUGAGCUGGAACGUGUUAUGGAAGCUUGUCAAAUGGCGCUAGAUCUUGUUGAUGCUAAAGCAAAGAUCUUUGAAUAUGUUGAGUCACAGAUGUCAUUCAUUGCCCCAAAUACUUCCUGGAUCGUUGGAGCAACAGCUGCAGCAAAACUAAUGGGAAGUGCUGGAGGUUUAACUGGAUUGUCAAAAAUGCCAGCAUGUAAUGUCAUGUUGUUAGGUGCACAAAAGAAAACAUUGACUGGUUUCUCAAGUGCAGCUAUCCUACCUCACACAGGCCACAUCUACCAUUGUGAUUUAGUACAGAGUUUACCACCAGAUUUCCGAAAGAAAGGUGCUCGCUUGGUAGCAGCAAAAUGCACAUUGGCUGCUCGAGUUGACAGUUUUCAUGAAAGUGUUGAUGGAAGUAUGGGUCGAGGAUUGUUUGAAGAUAUUGAACAAAAGUUCGAAAAAUGGCAGGAACCACCCCCUUUGAAAGAAGCCAAGCCUCUGCCAAGACCUGAUGAGGCACCGAAGAAAAAGCGUGGUGGACGACGUGUAAGGAAAAUGAAAGAGAAGUCGGCAGUAACAGAGUUACGUCGACAAGCCAAUCGUGUUCAGUUUGGCAAGAUUGAGGAAGAUAUGUUUCAAACUGAUAUUGGUUUCUCAGUUGGUACUCAAGCAAAAGGUUCUGGUAAAGUACGAGCCGCUGCAGUGGAUAAGAAAACACAAGUUUCUGUGUCUAAGAGAUUGCAGCGAAACCUUCAACAAGGUCAAGCUACAUAUGGCGGCAAAUCAACUGUCCGUGGUCAAACAUCCGGCACGGCAUCAAGCGUUGCAUUCACUCCCCUCCAGGGUCUUGAAAUUGUCAACCCUCAUGCAGCUGAGAAACGAGUAGCUGAUGCCAAUGCUAGGUAUUUUUCAAGCACAUCUGGAUUCCUGCAUGCUAAGAAGAAAACUGAUGGUAAAUAGCGGAUUAUAAAAAUUGUUCCACAAGACCAGAGGAACUGAUUAUAAGCAACAAUUAUUAAGUUAUAAUACUCCAUAUGUACAGUAUGUUGAAGAGGACUGGGUAUUUUCAGGCAGACAUAUUGUUAACUAAACUUUACCGAGGACAGAUGUGAUAUAAACUGUAAAAGAAAUACAUUUAUUUACCCUUUUAUUCCUAUUUUCUCUAGUUGAAACCUACAGUAAUACCUAUGUUAUUUUAUAUUGAAAUAAACAUGAUUUUAAUAAGUAAUUUUUUGAUUGUCAGCAAAGAUGAAUUGAUAAAAUGAUUAUACUUGUGACCCACAUAAAUUAAUAGGUCAGGUAAUCAUCAAAGAUUGUCGCCCAUGAACGAACUCUAAUAUGUCUAAUAAUUUACAGUGAAUAUUGAUGAUGCUCUUUGUGUUUUUCUUUUAAACCUAAUCAUUGGAUUGUAUACUCCAUCUCAAAGGCAAAAGAUCUUUAAAUUGGUAAGUAAUUAUUGUAUACUAUGUUUUCUCAUGAAACGCUCAUGAAUGCGGUUUCAUUAAGUAUCG